GCGAGCAUGCGAGGAUCAGCAGCAACAGAAUGAGAAGGAGAGAGAGAUAGAGAAAGGUAAAGAGUCGGAAGAGAGCGCUACUGAGGACUAAAGGACUAUCAGAGACGAGAGAGAGACACCAAGAUCAAGGGAGAGGAGAAGAAUGCGGACCAAAGAGGAGGAUAAGAAAAGAGCAAACCAGCAAUGCCCGGAAAAUCCAUCUGACCCAUCAUCUACAGGCAAUUGGUCUGAGACUGAGAAAAGCCUUAACAGUGAUGUCCGAUCAGAAGUAGCCAAACUAAUAAGGAGGUCAUUAAUGGAAGGACACUGAGAGUUUAUACCCUUACUGGAUAUUGGAUUCCUGUCUCCACUUUCAACAUACAAACUAUCUCACACAGCCACGCAAACACGCAAAUUCAUUUGGGUAAACAAAAGCUGGAAACAUUCCUGCUUUUCACGGGAUACGAUCCUGCUGACGUUGGCUGAUGUCAUCGCUCGCCUCUAUUCCGUUCAGCUCCUCUGGGGGCUGAGCCAACCUGCAGAGGAGGAGUAUGGGCAGGAGGGUGGCUGACCCAACCAAUCCAGUGCCGGCACUGGGAGUUCCUCUGGCUGGGGGGCGAUGGGGCCCACUGUGCAGUGUCGGGGUGCAGACGUCUCCCGGACUGCGGAUUCUCCCCUCCGUCAAACGACACGGAAGCCACCCAACCAACACACAUCGCCCGCUUACCGUGGCAACAGACAAAACAACAACAGCAGAGACAGGGGGAGUUAUCAGAAGUGACAGCAACAGUCUGCCGGUGUCCAAGGAGACAUCUCAGAACGAGAUCAACAGCUUGACACAGGACGACAUGGGGUCACAAGGGUCAGGAAGUGGAGUUUACUGCCAGAUUAAAAGUAUUCGCACAAACCCCAAGGACACAAGAGGUAAAAGGAGAGCUCGGUAUACAAAUGGCAGUGUAGUAACAUCUGAUGUGGUGGGAGGGGUUUGCACUGAGGCCACAGAAGGUAAGGAGUCGACCCAUGAGAGGAGGAGAGUGCAGUCACUGCGUGGGGAGGUCCAUCGUUCAGUGUUAAAGACGGGGAGUGUCUGUACAACCACGCAGGCCACCCCACUUCGGCCCUGUCGAAUGAUUACAUCUUCCCCGCCUCGCCUCUGUGGGACUUGUGGGAGGAGACGAUCACAGAUUACACCAUGCACAGGCGCAUGUCGCAGGAGGGCUGUCAAUCAAAUUACAGCAAGCCAGACUUUACCUAAUCCGCCAAGGGAACCGUCUGUGGCCCCUGACCAGUCAAGAAAAGACUCUGCUCUUGACUCUCAGUCUUACACCAUAAACACAAACACAACAAACAGCUCCCCAAAUACAUUAGUUAAAACGUCUCAAAUACAGCAGCUGUCACACACUAUACCAAAAACACACAGCUCACAUUCCAACCACACAUCACACAGUCAGAACAAAACAAAAGAUUCAAAGCAACAGACAAGGCCACAUUCUGCAGACUUUACUCAUUACAAGGACUCAGCCACACAAACAACAGUCACACAUAUACUCAACAACAUUGACAGGCCCACAGCUACCACACAUACACAACGAGCACACACACCAACUGUCGAGCUGACAGAACCACAUUCAACUGACAAAGACAAACAUGACAUGGCUAAAAUCCAGCACAUUGAUGAACAGACACACCAACACACAAAAGCCCGUAUCGCUUCUAAAACUCCAGCCCCUUCACUUAACAUUGACUCAAAAUUUACUGACAGCCCACUUCUCCCACCAAAAAACUCUCCUAAAACCAUUCGUUCCAAACCGGCUACACCUGUAGCGCAAACCAAAAAUAACCAGGAGGCAACAAAGAUUCCCAAACAAUCAUCCUCAGUGCGGGUCAAACUCAAGGACUACACAAAACAGAAGAGCAAAUCCUUUGAUGACCACACACUGCCUUGUACGACUCAUAUGAAAGCACAAUGUAACGGGGCUCCAGGAGGAUUGUUGGGUGGACACAUAGGGAAUGCACCACGCGGGCUGGAGAAGCAGUUGCAGAAUGUGGAGGAGAACCUACUGUCCAACCAGGAGAAGAUCAAGGUGCUUCUCAACGUCAUUCAAGACCUGGAGAAGAGCAAGGCCCUCAGUGAAGGUCGCAGCUCAUACAGAACUGGUCAGGACAUAAACAACUGCCCCACCUGCCAAAAGACAGCCUGCAUCAUCUACAGUGUGGAGCAUGAUUUCCGACAGCAGGAGGGACGCUUGCAGGGAGUUAUGGAGGCCCUGGAGGGAGAGUAUGACGUGCCUGCACCCACUCUGACGAAGCCCACACCAGGCCCUUCAUCCUCCAGCUGCCCCAGCACCAAGGCCCGUGUCAAGAAACUCCGCAAGAAGUGUUUCUGGUGGCUUUAAGCUUUGGAAAAAUCACAACACCAUUUCUGGGAAGGAGGUGCAUAUUGGUGUGGAUUAUGUUUCGGGGGACCCAAAGAGUAAAGCAUCUGUGUCAUGGCCGUGUCGGUGUUCACUGUGUUUAAGUGUCAUUAAAAUCAGGGGGGUGGCAUUUUUCUAAGCAGCAUCCCUGUAAAUGACACUUUUCCCACGGAAAUCCAUCCUCAGCUCUGAAAAAAUGCACCACGGAUAAGUUUGAAAAAGAGGAAAUGUACUAAAGAAGGAAACGAGAGCCAGGGGAGCUGUUGAACUUUCCUCUCAGAUCUGUCUGGGAGGGAGAUCAUUCUGAUCUUCACUCUGUGGGAGCCAGACUGGAUAAUUUGUGAUUAAUUUUUGACUGAAGGUUAGGAUAUGUUUUCCCAUAACAAUUCUGUAAAAAAGAGAAGAAACGUUGACACUUUGGAUAACAGACAGACAUAGUGUUUGUAACUUGGCUGACUGCCUGUCUAGACAGAUGGAUAGAUGUAUGAACAGAUUUAUGCCAAGACGGAUUCACAUCUACAGCUGGGAAUGAAUCUUCACAACAGUUUUGGCUAAAUUAAAGCAAUGAGGAGGAGAGUUGGAACAAUUUGGAAUACUGUGUGUUUGGACGGCUUGACAGCCAAAAUUUGAAUGUUGAAACAACCGAAGCGCUAAACGGAGAAACUAGCUGAUGUUCUCUCUGGAAACAACGAGAAAGCUCGCUGGAUGGAUAUCAGGGUUUAGAGAGCACAGUGGAGAUUGUAUUAAGAACACAUUAAGAGACAACCUGAUGGGCAGCUGAUCAAAAACUGACAGGCAGUGUCUGCUGAUUAAAAAUUCUGUCAAGACUGACUGACAGAGUGAUUGAUUCUCUCCUUUAUUACCAUACAAAAUGGAAGUGUUUUGCUGUACUCUCAAUCUUGUUUCAAGGAUUUCCACACAGACAAGUGAAUACAAAUAGGUGCACAUAGGAACACGCUUGCACAAGGAACACACAUAUAGUAAACUCACAGAGACACAAACAAGUAUUCCCAUACAAACACACACACAAGCGCACACAAACGCACACACACACAGAUUCAGUACGUAUGUGAACCAAUGCAAAUUAGGGGUAGACCAGUUAUCAGUUCACUGUCAGUGAUUGGCCUGUACUCAUGUUGUAUAAAUGUAUUGAUAUUUGCAAAAUCAGAGGCAGUACAGUACCAACGAAGUCUGUUCGAAUUACACUGAAACUAGCUGUUGAUGUCUGGAGUUUUCCUUAAUUCAACACUGCACAAAUCGUGCAGAGGAAGACUCCAUUGACAUGCUACAACGGGAAAGCCGCUUUCAUGUAAUUUAGCACCCAACAACUUUGACUGUUUGCACUUUCACAGUGAAAGUUACCUAGUAAAUUAAACAGAAAAACAAAAACAUAUUCAAUCUUUUUGUUAUUCCCCAAUAACAAACAUUACCUUGUUCAUAUUAAAUAAGCCAUAGGUAAUUUCCAUGCUAUAUACUUAGUAUUCAGGCCAUAAGGCCACUGCUAACUGGUUCAUCAAAUUACAACACAGCAACAAAAAUCAAUGAUAAAACAUACACUGCAAGUCCACACAUCUUAUCAAAAUGUGCAAAAAAAGUCAGUAUAUUUUAAAGUCAAGAUCCCCUGUCCCAUUUAAAAUUGAAAUUUUAAUCAAUGAACACUUUCUUUGUAAAAUUAUACAACAAUAAGUAGUGGAAAUGGAAUUUUAUAAAAAACUAUAUAUUGGCAGACAUGACUGUUUUUUUAGAAAUUAGAAUUCAAAAAUAUGUAAAAAUCCUGCAUUGCUCAAACACACUCCCGCAACAUUACUUUGAACACACACAGACACACACAAAUGCUCAGCUACUACUUCAGCUGCUUCUGGGUGGGAAGUUGCCUCCAAUUAGAAUCCUGGACGACACCACAUUUACUAAUUAACCAAUCUACAUCCAAAAUACCCUAACCCUGCAUUUUUAUAAGCUUUCCCAUAACAGUGUGUGAUCUCCAACGAUGCCCCUCUCUUCCUGAUC